CCCGCGGCGCGUGCGCGGCGGGUGCAUCCCGGGUCGGCGCGCGGGGGGCCGGCGGGAGAGACUGGCGAUGGUGCUGGAGACUCUGGCCCGCAUCGUCAAGGUCCAGCUGCCCGCGUACCUCAAGCGCCUGCCGCUGCCCGAGAGCGUCGGCGGCUUCAUCCGCCUCACAGUUUCAGAAUGGCUGCGGUUACUGCCUUUCCUGGGUGUGCUGGCCUUGCUCGGUUACCUUGCUGUUCGUCCCUUCCUCCCCAAGAAGAAACAGCAGAAGGAUAGCUUGAUUAACCUCAAGAUCCAGAAGGAAAAUCCCAAAGUAGUGAAUGAGAUAAACAUUGAAGAUCUGUGCCUCACUAAAGCUUACUGCAGGUGUUGGCGUUCAAAGACGUUCCCUGUCUGUGAUGGCUCCCACAACAAGCACAAUGAAUUAACAGGAGAUAAUGUAGGUCCACUAAUACUCAAGAAGAAAGAAGUAUAGCAGAUACUUAAUCUAGCUCAUGACUGAAAAAAAGUCUUUUGUACUGUUGUAGUUGCAAGGGACAGCAUUUUCUUAUGUGAUUGGUAUGAUUUAGUUUCAUGAGUGCUGUAGAUUUCAUUUUGGAAUAAACUGCCUUUAGACAGUGAUGAAUUUGUCACUGUUUUGGUACCUUAUUCUGAGAAGAAUUUUGCCUGCUUUGUAAAACUGUAAAGUACCUAUCUCUGUAAAUAAGUCGUUUAUUUCAAGAAUAAAUUGACUUUCUACAACUAA